UUUGGGUAUUUGACAAUGAUACGGAUUGAGAGGGUGACUGCUCUGUUCCACACAUGGCCCAAUCCAAACCGCAGUCAUAAACUCUACACCUUUCCUGCCUGUGACGCUAGCAUCCCUCCAUUUCCCAGUUUCAAGAGCUCCACAAUGAGAACUCAGAUUAUCGACCAUGGAGUUGUGAACCAGCCGACGCCGAGCAUGCAGGCGUAUCUCUUAUGGCGCCCCACCUCCAUAGACAGAGCUGGGGGAACCAAUCGGAACUUACUCAUCGCUCCAUGGACCUGGCCAAUUACCAAUAGCUGCAUCGCCGUCCGCCGUCGGUGGGCGCCCCUCAUGGCAUCCGCCGCAAUCGGCGGCCGCCAGAACCACUACUCCGUUCUCGGCGUCUCUCCCACUGCUUCUCCCGCCGAUAUUAAGAAAGCCUAUCGUCUUCUCGCUCUCAAGUAUCAUCCUGAUGUUAGCAAGGAUUCCGGAGCUGAUCAGGCUUUCAAGAAAAUCCGCCUUGCAUAUGACGUAUUGUCAGAUGAAUCAACCAGAACCCAAUAUGAUAGGGCUCUCAAAUAUCAAGAAGACACGAGCAGGACAGUGGUGGGCAAUUGGGAUGACAACUUUGGAUAUGAAGAUGGGUCAAGGACCUAUAGGUGGGCUGAACUCAGACGAAAAAUGCAACAGGAGACAUAUUGGGAACAGUAUCACAAGAAAGAAAAUUUUUCUUUUUAUUAUGAAACAGAGGAUGGGUCAGAUGAAGAAAGUAUUGAUGACGAAAGAGGACCCUUUCAUGAAGUGCUUAGAUCUGCCUUUCUCUCUCUGUUCCUAAUGUACACAGUAGGCAUUCGGCUAUCUUUGACGUUUAGUAGCCUUAUGGCCUUGCUUGACCGGAAGUUGGAUGCCGGAUACAAAAUAGGUUAUGUGCUUGCUUGGGUACUGGGAGGCAGAGGUGGCAUUUUACUUACAUUAUGCCUUUCAUUUUCAAGUUGGCUGUGCGGAAAAACCAGCAGCAGCGUAGUCGUUCUGGUGGUCGUAGCCAUGUGGAUUGGCUCAAAUCUUGCAAGGUUUGCUCCGCUUCCGCAAGGUGCUAUUCUUACCCUCUUGUACAUGUCAAUCAAGUUACAAGUUGAUCUGAACUGACACUGCUGUCUGAGUUUAUGUGUGUAAAUAUGUUGAUGUCUUGCCUUGUCUUGUAUAAGAAGGAAGUAAGAUAAUUGUCUAGUGUAAAUUCAUGUCUUGGGUGUAGUCUCCACUCUCCAUUUCCUUCUGUUCACCUCUUUGAAUAAAUGGGAAAGUUUAUUCUUAUUCUCCAA